AUGUGGACAACAAAGCAGCUCUGCAUCGCAGUUCUGAUCACCUUCUUUUCUCCGCUUAUCGUGCGACAUUUGAUAUUGAACAGCCCCAUAUCAGGAACAUCCCGCUAUCAUAUUCUCCAUGCCAAUCCCCUUGCAUGGCUCAGCAACCGAGUGGACGCAGAUGCACCAGCAGCCAAUCCAGCGAAUGCGCGGGUGGUAUCAUCAACAGCGGAUGAUUCAGGCAGCCUGGAUCCCAGAAAUUCCUCUACUAGGGUGGUAUCAUCACCAGCGGAUGAUUCAAGCAGUCUGGAUCCCAGAAACUCCUCUACUGAAAGGCUACACUGGCUAGACACAUGGAACCAUAUGAAGCAGCUAACCAAUGUCUCCACUGGCCUUCCCCAUGCGACCGAAGCGAUCAAAGAUGCAAGAACCGCAUGGGAAAACUUGAUGACAACGGUUCAAAAUGCAACUUCUCCAGGAACAGAGAAGCGGAGGCUCUGCCCGUACUCGGUUUGCAGAAUGGACGCCUCCAAGUCGGCGGGCGGUCACUUUACCAUGGACAUACCGUGUGGGCUCGUCGCAGGUUCUUCCAUAACUGUCAUAGGCACUCCUGGCAGCCUGUCUGGUAACUUCUGGAUUGAUCUUGUCGGGACGGCACUCCCGGGGGAACCUGAAGAACCCAUUGUGCUGCGGUACGGUGUUCGUCUAACCGGCGAUAAACUUGCUCAAGGUCCGGCCAUAGUGCAGAACGCCUUCACUGCAAGUAAUGGCUGGGGUUAUGAGGACCGUUGCCCCUACAAUAACUCCAACAAUGCAACUCAAGUGGAUGAUUUGGAGAGAUGCAAUUCCAUGGUGGGCAGCAUAAUGAACUCUACACGUCACACUGGUCUCAAGCAAGGUGGAAAGCCAAGCACAUAUUUUCCUUUUAGGCAGGGCUACCUUGCUAUCACAACUCUCCGGAUAGGGCUCGAAGGAAUACAUAUGACGGUUGACGGGAAACAUAUUACUUCAUUCGCAUACAGAGCGGGCUCGGAACCUUGGUUUGGCACUCAAGUAAGGAUUUUUGGUGACUUCAAGCUAGCAAGUGCCAUUGCAAGUGGACUGCCUACCUCCGAAGACUUGGAGAACAGCUUGGAUCUUGAAAUGCUCAAGUCAUCACCUAUUCCAGCCGGCAAAGAUCUCGACCUUCUGAUCGGCAUCUUCUCAACAGCAAACAACUUCAAGCGUAGAAUGGCGAUUCGGAGGACGUGGAUGCAAUAUGACGCAGUGCGUAACGGAACAGUUGCGGUCCGAUUUUUUGUUGGCCUGCAUACAAACCUGAUGGUGAAUAAGGAACUCCGGAACGAGGCACGCGCACAUGGUGACAUUCAGGUGUUGCCCUUUGUCGAUUACUACAGCCUGAUUACAUGGAAGACACUGGCAAUAUGCAUCUAUGGGACCAAUGCUGUGUCAGCCAAGUAUCUGAUGAAAACAGAUGAUGAUGCUUUUGUUCGAGUGCACGAAAUCUACUCCUCGGUAAAACAGCUUAAUGUCAGCAACGGUCUGCUCUAUGGUCGCAUCAAUUCAAACUCGGGUCCUCACCGGAAUAGUGAAAGCAAGUGGUACAUAAGCCCAGAGGAAUGGCCUGAAGAGAAAUACCCACCAUGGGCUCAUGGACCAGGAUAUGUGGUUUCACAAGACAUCGCAAAGACAAUCAACAUUUGGUAUAAAACAAGUCGUCUAAAGAUGUUCAAACUAGAAGAUGUCGCGAUGGGCAUAUGGGUUGACGAAAUGAAGAAGGGCGGUUUACCCGUGAGAUACAAAACAGAUAAGAGGAUUCACAUUGAUGGUUGUAAGGAGGGGUACAUUGUUGCCCACUAUCAAGAACCAAGGAAUAUGCUAUGCAUAUGGGAGACACUCCUAAGGACAAAUCAAGCUAUGUGCUGCAACUAA